AGAAUAAUUGCGUAGUCUCCCGAUCUCCUCUAUCACUGAAGCCCUGAAUGAGAAAACCCUUUUCUCUUUUUGUUUCCAUCUUGUCAGUAGGUUCUUUACUUUGUAACCAUUAAAUCACGCAUAAGUGUUGUUCAGACUUGUUCUUAUUCAAGCUGUUGCUAAUCAGCAACACUAAAUGAGGACUAUCACUACAUGAGGUCUGGGAGGCCGUAAGGCUUGAGGGAGUGGCCUCGCCACCCCUCUCGCCAAAACCUUUGCUAAGAUAUGGUACACCAUUCCUUAAGAGUUGCUAAGCAAGACGCCAAGACCAACUCGCUAAGGAAGUAGCGUGAAGAAAGAGAAAGGUGUAAAGAUUUGGUAGGGGUGUUACUGUUACCACUCCCUAUGAAGUGCUAAGGAAAAAAUGUUAGUGAGGUGGAAGGCAAAAAAAUAACGUGACAGCAAAAAAAAAUGAUAUGACAAGGUGUUACGAGUGCUACCAUUCCCUCUAGCCUAAAAGAGAUUUUAGAUCAAGAGAAUGAACUAGUAAGGUGCAACAUAAAUAAAAACAAUAAACGUCACAUCACAACGCCUUGGUGGACAUGGCAGUUCUAUCCUUCAAACGUCCACCAUAGGGUCACAUGGUGGACUAUCUUUUUGAAAAGUCUAAAAAGAUGUUUGCCCUCUUUGGACAAACGACAUUUGAACUAGUGUUCUCUUCGAAUAUAUCAAGGCUGAGCUAUUUGAUAUUGUGCAAAAAAUACUUGAUGAACAUUCAAAACUUGCUCGGAAACCCUGUGCAUUUAAGACCCUCAUGUUUCAUAGCAGUAAGAAUCUCGAUCCUUUCUUACCACUUUUCCGUACUCAAUAAAUGUAGACAUCGUUAA